AUGACUGAAAAAGACGAAACGCCCUCUGGCGUUCUCGAUCAAGAGCGGAAUCCCUCUCAAUCCCGGGACCCUUCUCUCUUUGACCAAAAGGAACUCGAUCGUCUAGGUCGAGAACGCCCAGCAUGCUUCGCUUCAAUCUGGUCUGAGAUAGGCUUCAUCUUUGCCGUUGUGGGAUCCAUGAUGGUCAGCGAAUAUUUUGUGUCUGGCUUCAAUAUUAUUUUACCUUCACUUGCGAAUACCCUCGAAAUAUCAGACUCUGCGAGGACGUGGCCUGCUGCCGUGAUCAAUCUCACCACAGCGGCUUUGCUGCUUCCAUUUGCGAGGUUGGCUGAGAUUCAUGGUGGACGCUUCAUCUUUCUCGGCGGACAUACGUGGCUGGUAAUUUGGUCUAUUAUCGGUGGUUUCAGCCAGAAUCCCACUAUGCUCAUCGCCGUUCGAGCAAUGCAGGGCAUAGGACCUUCAGCAUUCUUGCCUUCCGGCGUGGCCAUCAUGUCUCGAAUCUAUCGUCCUGGGCCUCGCAAGAACUUCGUCUUUAGCAUGUUUGGUGCCUUCUCUUGCAUUGGCUUCUACUCUGGCAUUUUCUUCGGUGCUCUUUCUGCCCAAGUUCUCGGGUGGAAGUGGUACUUUUUCAUUGGUGCCUUUGUCUGCGCCAGUAUUUUCAUUACUGGUUUUUUGACUAUCCCAAAGAAUCACGGAGACCCUACUCCUGGCUUGAAGAUGGACUGGCUCGGCAGUGUCACUAUUGUAGCAGGCCUUUCUCUCACUGUAUUUGCAUUGACAGACGGUGGAAAUGCUCCUCAGGGCUGGCGAACACCUUAUGUCUACGUUACUUUGAUCCUCGGGAUCAUCUGCCUGGCAUUGUUUGUCUACAUCGAAGGGUGGUGGGCUAGUCAGCCUCUUAUGCCUGCAGAAACGUUUAAGACGAAAUAUAUGGGCCGCUUGAUUCUUGCCUUGUUUAUGUGCUACGGUUGCUUUGGACUUUGGUUAUUCUACGCAUCCUUCUACAUUGAAUCCGUAUUGCAUAUCGGACCUUUACUCACCGCCGCUUGGUUCAUCCCUCUUGCAGCGGGUGGUUUCAUCCUUGCCGUUGUUGGCAGCUUUGUACUUCACAUUCUUAGUGGACGACUGCUCCUGAUAAUCUCAGGACUGGGAUUCCUCGGAUCUACAAUACUUUUUGCCAUGAUUCCCGCUAGUGGGAAGUCCAACAGCUUUCUUUACUGGGCCUUUGUCUUUCCAGCCAUGAUUCUCGCCACAGUCGGAGUAGACAUUGCUUUUAACGUCACCAAUGUCUUUAUCACGACGUCUCUGCCUGGCCAUCUCCAAACAGUCGCAGGCGCCCUCAUCACCAGCUUACUGUAUCUUGGUAUGGCCUUUUGGCUGGGCGUUGGUGAGAUGGCUGUUUCUGUGAGAAAGGAUAUCAAAGGAGCGGAGAAUAUGGAUGCACGAAGCCAGUAUCAGAUUGGAUUCUGGACGGGAGCUGGAUUGGCUGUUGCUUCGUUGCUUAUUUUUAUGACGGUCAAGAUGGAGUCAGCAAAGAGUGAUCUUACGGCAGAUGAGAAAGCCCAGAGAGAGCAGGGAAGGACUGUAGAGCAGGUCCAAAACUGA